GUGAGCCGACUCAGGAGCCCGAGCCCGGGGGGAGACACAGAAAGGGCUUUCUCGGGACCCACGACCCCCUCGGGCCCGGCCGCCCGGUAAGGACUGAGGCCGUUGCCCGCCCUGCUCGUAUCUGUCCACCGAGGCAUCCCGGGAUAGAAGAUGCCCUCCAGGAUCCCCCGGCCACCAGUGCCCCUGCUGCUGCUCCUGCUGCUGGCCUUUGGACCCAGAGUGCAGGGCUGCCCUUCCGGUUGCCAGUGCAGCCAGCCACAGACAGUAUUCUGCACUGCCCGCCAAGGAACCACAGUGCCCCAAGAUGUGCCACUUGACACAGUGGGCCUGUAUGUCUUUGAGAAUGGCAUUACUACACUCGAUGCAGACAGCUUUGCCAACCUGCCAAACCUGCAGCUCCUGGACUUGUCACAGAACCAGAUCACCAGCCUGCCUGGUGGGGUCUUCCAGCCACUUGCCAACCUCAGCAACCUGGAUCUGACUGCCAACAGGCUGCGUGAAAUCACCAAUGAGACCUUCCGAGGUCUGCGGCGCCUUGAGCGUCUGUACCUGGGCAAGAACUGUAUCGGCCACAUCCAGCCUGGUGCCUUUGAUGCACUUGACCGCCUCCUGGAACUCAAAUUGCAAGACAAUGAACUGCGGGUGCUACCCCCACUGCGCCUGCCCCGCCUGCUGCUGCUGGACCUCAGCCACAAUAGCCUUCCGGCCCUUGAGCCAGGUGUCCUGGAUACCGCCAAUGUGGAAGCACUGCGGCUGGCUGGCCUGGGGCUGCAGCAGCUAGAUGAGGAGCUCUUCAGCCACCUGCGCAACCUCCAUGACCUGGAUGUGGCCGACAACUACCUGGAGCGGGUGCCACCAGUGAUUCGAGGACUGCGGGGCCUGACGCGCCUGCGGCUGGCUGGCAACACCCGCAUUUCCCAACUGCGGCCUGAGGACCUGGCUGGCCUGGCCACCCUGCAGGAGCUGGACCUGAGCAACUUGAGCCUGCAGGCUCUGCCAAGUGACCUAUCAGGUCUCUUCCCCCGCCUGCGGCUCCUGGCAGCCGCCCGCAACCCCUUCAACUGCGUGUGUCCUUUGAGCUGGUUUGGCCCUUGGGUGCGCGAGAGCCAUGUCACACUGGCCAGCCCUGAGGAGACACGUUGCCACUUCCCACCAAAGAACGCUGGCCGGCUCCUCCUGGAGCUUGACUAUGUUGACUUUGGCUGCCCAGCCACCACCACCACGGCCACAGCACCCACCACCAGGCCUGUAGCAUGGGAGCCCACCCUCUUGCCAUCUAGCUUGGCUCCCACCUGGCUGAGCCCCACAGAGCCAGCCACUGAGGCCCUGAGCCCACUAUCUACUGCUCUGCCAACUGUGGGGCCUGCCCCCCAGCCCCAGGACUGCCCACCAUCCACGUGCCUCAAUGGGGGCACCUGCCACCUGGGGGUGCAGUACCACCUAGAGUGCCUGUGCCCCAAAGGCUUCACAGGCUUAUACUGUGAGAGUCAGGUGGAGCUAGGGCUGUGGCCCAGCCCCACACCAGCCACCCCAAGGCCACGCCAGCCCCCACCCCUUGGCAUUGAGCCAGUAAGCCCCACCUCCUUGCGUGUGGGGUUACAGCGCUACCUGCAGGGCAGCACCGUGCAGCUCAGGAGCCUCCGCCUCACCUACCGGAACCUGUCAGGCCCUGACAAGCGGCUGGUGACACUGCGGCUUCCUGCCUCACUCUCUGAGUACACUGUCACCCAGCUGCAGCCCAAUGCCACCUACUCCAUCUGCGUCAUGUCCCUGGGGCCUGGGCGAGUACCUGAGGGUGAGGAGGCCUGCGGGGAGGCACACACACCCCCAGCCAUCCGCUCCAACCACGCUCCAGUCACCCAGGCCCGUGAGGGUAACCUGCCGCUCCUUAUCGCACCUGCCCUGGCCGCUGUGCUCCUGGCUGCCCUGGCUGCUGCGGGGGCAGUCUACUGUGUCCGGCGGGGGCGGGCUGUGGCGGCAGCAGCUCAAGACAAAGGGAAGAUGGGGCCAGGGGCUGGGCCUCUGGAGUUGGAGGGGGUAAAGGCCCCUUUGGAGUCAGACCCAAAGGCACCUGAGGGUGGUGGGGAGGCCCUGCCCAGGGGUCCUGAGUGUGAGGUGCCGUUAAUGGGCUACCCAGGGCCCAGUCUCCAGGGGCCUAUGCACUCUAAGCCCUAUGUCUAAGCCAGGGAGACACAAGCAGUUGGGGGCCAGGCUCUCACAGGGCCAUGUGUCUCAAGCCUCAGCCCCAGGAAGCGAAGGAACAAAAGAAACCAGGGAGCUGGCCAGCAUCGUCCGGCUGCCAUGACGAGAAGUUCUCAGUCCCUAAAGAGGGACACAUGCAGGGUGGGACUAAGUGAUGCAACCAGUCCCUGCAACUCUCUGGACCUCAGUCUCCUCAUCUGUGAGAUGCUGUGACCCAGGAAUGCCUGCAAGGAUGGUGUCUGCCCAGCUCUGUGCCAUCCUGAGUGCAAGUGUGGAGGGCCCUGCCGUGUGCUGGUAACACAGGCCGGGGCCCUACGGAGCUCCCCCAGCCUAAGGAGACUCUGGGGCCAGUGAAGGAAGCCUCCAGAAAGAGAGUAGAGGGGGACGGGGUAUAGGACAGGGCCAUGUGUCUCAAACCUCAGCCCCAGGAAGCGAAGGAACAAAAGAAACUGGAAAGGAAGAUGCUUUAGAAACAUGCUUUGCUUUGGUUGUUUUGUUUUUAAAAAAUAUAUUUAUAAGAGAUCCUUUCCCAUUUAUUUUGGGGAAGUAUUUUUCAAACGCAGAGAUAAGGAGUUUGGUUUUUGUAAGACAAAUGACGAUAUGAAGGCCUUUUGUAAGAAAAAUAAAAAAUGAAAUGAAAUGAGUGUGUUCCUCUGGCCCAGCCACAGGGCACAUGGCUGGAGGGACAGCCUUGCUGUGGGCAAGCUGUUGGCUAGGCCCCCUGCCCAUCAUCCCUUUGGCUUGGGAGCUGUUGCCCAGAUUGUACCUAGAAGGGUAGCCCUGCCAGGUAUCCUGAUUCAGGUGAUGUCUACCCCAGCCCGACUGAGGCCCAGUCUUCUGCGAGCAGGAGCUGUACUGCCUGCAUGUGAGGCUGGUGGCAGAUGCUGGGCCAACAAGGUCCCCCAACCCUUAGGAGGGUCUGACGGGCAAGUCAUUGCUUGCCUUCUUCUAUGGAGAGGGUACUUGGGGCUGUCUCAUUCCAGGUCUCACAGAUGGUCCCCACUACAGAGAGCAUGGUGAGGAGAGGAAGUACAGAUCACCAUAGGCAAGAACCCCAAUUGGUAGGUACGCAGGGCGGAGCCAAGACAGAACUGAUAGAGCAAGCACAGGGACAGGAUCAGAGGGCUGAGGCUGGCUUGCAGACAGCACCAGGCUUGGUGGCCUCAGGAUGCCUCACUGCACUAGGGAUAUACCUAGGCUUUCUGGAAACCCUAAAAAUGGAAGUAUUUUCCAGGAAGGCUGUAGGCUGAGAUGGGAACAUGAGGGUGACACAAUACCUCUUCUUAUUGCCCUCAGCGGCAGCCUGGGAGGCAUGAGCCAGUAGCUUGCUCAUGGCAGCUGGGGACAGGCCCCCCACAUCUGCUUGCAGGCCUAGGAUGAGGUCGACAUUGAGCAGAUUGGAAUGCUGUGAGGAGGCCUGGCAAACGCUGGAGCUAGCCUCCCAGAGGCCCCAUGCCAAUGUCCUUCCAUAGGUCACGGCCCCAGCCUCUGGCCUCAGCCCUGGAGGGAAGGAGGCGGCCCAGCCAGGCCCAAGGAGCAGCCCUGUGGCUUGGGGUGUUGAUGUCAGUGCCGAGUCAGGCCCAGCCACGCGAGGCUCUGGAUUCAAUUAGCGGCUGUUAGGGCUCUGGCACAAAGGGAGAGGGGUGGGUGGGUCUUGGUGGGCGGUGGGUGAUGGCAGUGGGCCUGGGUAGGGCCCUUUCCUCCUAAGGCAGUGGCAGCCCAGGUGGAUUUCCUGUAGGCCUGGGUCCCAUUAGGGGAGUGGCCCAGCAAGCCCUUUCCCCUUCAGCAGCCUCCUCAAAGGGGCCUUUGUAGGCUGCGGCUGGACACGGCGGCUGCUGAGUAAAUGUUUUCACUGCAAAGCAAAUCUGGCGUAGUGGAAUGGGUGGGGUAGGGGGUGGGUGGCAGGACCCAAAGAAAGGGUCCAGGAAAGGCAUUUGGAGUGUCCCAUCAGAACAGUGGCUGGAAGCAGAGAAAACCUAGGCUAAAGAGACACUAGGCCAAGAUGCAGCACCCACUCCCACCCAGGGCAAUCCCACAACUGUAGGCCAAGGACUAGGGUCAGAUGACGGGAUGUUCUAGCCCCAGUCACCAGGUCCUGACCACAGCAGGCCCAUGCCAUUCAGGCAACUCAUACUCUCAUUUCAUGCCCCCAAACCCCCUUUACAGAAAAGGCGCAGCCUAAGAGAGAUGAGACAGCAGCCUGCUCAUAACAAGUGGGGAUAGGACCCCCACAUCUGCUUGCUGGCCCAGGAUAAUGCUGCCACCAGUGUGGGAGGGCCUGGGACUGCUGUGACCUGCAGAAGCAAUCAGCUCUGGUACUACCUGUGUGGGGGGGGGUGGGUACAGUUCACUGGCACCCUCACAUCCCUCUCAUUCACACCCAUGAGCAUGGCACCUGACCCAGGUGUCUCUUAGCCUCUUGGAUCAGAGCACAAGCUGUUCCUUCAGUGCCAAACUCUGCCAGUCCCUCUGGUUAUUCCCCCCACCUCCACCCUAUACCAAGCACGGGGGGGCCAAGCAUGUAGAGUGUGGGUAGCACAAUGUAGACUGGCUGCAUAAGCCCUGCUUCACAUGUAGGAUCCAAUACUCUGAGGCUGGCCUGGCCCUGCUCUCCCCACUUUGUCAUGCCUCCUUUUAACACUCAAGUGACAGGGAACUGUAACAGAGGCCCGUAGGAGAGGAUGAGACAGGAUGGGGCACAUGCCUGAUCCUGGCCUCCUGUAGCUCUCAUAAGAGCAUAUACUGUGCUGCCCAAACCAAAAUGGAAAAUCUGUAAAACAGGGAAGAAAUAGAGGGUAGCAGAGUGGACACAUUUGCCAACCUCCUCCUCAGCUAUGCCCACAGCCAACACUGCCCACUCCAUUUCAGUCCAAAUUCAUUUCACAGCCCCAACACCCAAGGCAGGCACGGGGGGGUGGGGGUUUUCCAGCUUCUUGGGUCCCCUGCCCUCCCCCAGAAAACAGUCCAGAGGGUGGCAUAUAUCCUUGGUGUUACCAGCUUCAUGGAGGCUGAUGAGUCCUGACUUCCUUGCCAUGGGUGCCAGCCUGGCGGGGUGGGGGCAGGGGCCAGAGCUAGAGGACAUUGGCCUGGCUGCCCAUCUGGGAGUGAUUUGAGAAAUUCCAGUCCUUGCUGGCCCUUCGAGCUAUUCUUAACUACUAUAAUUACAGGGUCAGCCUUGGCUGAUGGCACCGGGGGGUCUGGGCAUCGUUAAUUCCUCCAGAGGCCAGAGUUGGGCUGGGCAAGGGAUGCUUGUAUGUGUGUGUAUGUGUUGAGGGUGGGAGGAUCCCAUCACUGGUGGUGGAGCCUGGAAGGCAGGAAGUGGUGGGUGGAAGAGCACUUGAUCACUGGUGCCGUCCCUUCCCGCCAACGCCUCUGCUGUGGGCCCUAUAGGGAAGGGGCUGUCUGGCUGACAAAGGCCUGGAUUAUAAGAUGCCAGGGCAGCAUCAGCCAGGGGUCAGAGGCAGGGGGGCAGCUGCAGAACCAAAGGCUCCAAUUCCUUGUGAGCAAGGGUGGGUCCUGCUGACUCUUCUUUGAAUCCCCAGGUCCCAGAGCAGGCAAGAUGCUGGGAGUGUGCAUA